UUCUAUUCCGGCUCAACUGUGAAAAUAUUAAAGCUCGAACCAUUCGACGCAAGGAAAAUUGCUGAAACGUGUUUCCCAUUCUUCUGUGUGUGUGCGCGAUUUGUGUGCAAAAAUUUGAUCUGGUGGUUUUUUAGAAUCGCGAAAACUCAAUAGUGUGUGAUAAUUGCUUUUUGAGCGUGAAUUUGCUUCGGAGCGAUUAUUAAUUUGUAAGGCUUCCGACGGGGCUUCGAAUCUUAGCUUUGGCAGGUCGGCGGUUUUCUUGGGUCAGGCAGGGAUCGGUGCCCUGUGAGAAGCGAGAAAAUGUGUUGCCAGAGCGCAUGAGCGAAAUUUUUCAUCUUCUAUGACUCUGGCUGGCCUCUACUGGCUGGUGGGAGUAUGGGUUUCGGCGUGUUUAUUCAUACAAAAAUCUUUAAUUGAUUAGUCGUGUUUUUGACUCGCCUCAACCUUUGGCUAGGCAAGCUAUCAGUAGAACAAACGAACCAGUCAGCGGAAAGAAAAAUUCAUUCAUGAUUCACUGACGGACGUGUAAAAGAAAGCGUGUGUGCACAUUGAGGGAAAUCAUGAUAUUGGUUCUAGUUUUUGCCGGUUGGAUGAUUUUUCGCUGAGUCUCCGAUAUCAGCUGUGAAACUAGUUAUUGUGCACUGCUUCUAGGUUGAAGGUUUCCCGUGAUAGUUAACCUUGAAGUGAAGUUUAAAUGGUUGAUUUCUUCACGGUUUAGUAGUGCCCUUUAUACCAAACACUGGCAGCAUUCGCAUUUCGAAGGUCUUUAAAUAUUUCGCACAACCUCCGAGACCUUCAGCAAUUCGUUCAACAGUACAAUGGCGAAAGAAGUCAAAAACAGUUUACUGCCGGACCUACCGCGGGGACCUCUCUGUGAGUAUCGAAAUCGUGCAAAGUUCAACUGGAAGGAACUCAAAAUGGUAUUGGAAAAUCCGAACCUAACGCGGAUAAAGUACGAGGUGUGGCGCAGAUUGGAAUCGGAACCACUUUUCACUCCGGUCACAGCGACUUUAUCAGUCGACGAGCAAAAGGAGCGAGCGGCAAAGCAGGUUAACCGAAUCGCAGAUUUAGAACUAGCACCGGCCGAAAUCUAUUCGUCCGACUACAAAUAUCGUGUGCGGUAUCUGAUGAGCAUCAACGAGGCACUGCAUGCCGUCUGUCCAAGCAUGUCGGUUAAGAUUGCUCUAGGUGUAGGCCUCUUUACAAAUUCGCUCCUCGCAAUGGGAACCGAGAGACAUUCAGCAGUGUACAAUGCUGCCUGGAACAGGGAGAUCAUCACCUGCCUAGCCAUUACCGAAGUCAGUCACGGUAGUAACACGAAACGAUGUCGCACAACUGCCACUUACGACCCGGGGACGCAGGAGUUUAUUAUCAACACUCCGGAUUUCGAAGCAGCUAAGUGCUGGAUUGGUAACCUGGGAAAAACUGCCUCGAUAGCACUGCUGUUCGCCAUUCUUUACACAAACGACGGAAAGGAUCAAGGUCUGCAAGGUUUCUUGGUGCCUAUUCGGGAUCCCAAAACCCUGCAGCCCUACCCGGGAGUUAUCGUGGGUGACAUCGGUGAAAAGAUUGGUUUGAAUGGUAUUGACAAUGGGUUCGUUAUGUUUAACAAUUAUCGAAUACCACGAGAGAACCUGCUGAACCGAGCGGGAGAUGUAACGCCCGAGGGAGUAUACGAAAGUACGUUUAACGAACCCGGUAAAAUAUUGGGGGCAGUUUUGGAAUCAUUUUCCGCCGGUCGGUUGGGUAUUAUGCAGGAAUCGACGAACACUCUUUCGCAUGCAGCCGUAAUUGCUGUGCGAUACGCUGCCCUGAGGAAACAAUUCGGUCCGGAGAAGGAUGGCCCGGAGCAGUCAAUUAUCGAAUACCAGCUGCAUCAAUGGAGAAUUUUCCCGUACUUAGCAGCGUCCUGCGUACUUAAAGUAUCGGUAUUCGCUCUAACAGAAAUCUAUCUGGAAACUGUACAGAAAUCUCAAGCGGAAUCUAACGGGUUCGAGUUGCUGACGCAAAUCGUAUCGGAAAUUCAUGCCCUCGUGUCCUCGUCCAAGCCGCUGGUAACCUGGACGGCGCGGGAUGCCAUCCAGGAGUCGCGAGAAGCUUGCGGGGGACACGGUUACCUAAAGGCAGCGAAUCUCGGAGAACUGAGGAAUAAUCACGAUCCCAGUUGUACGUAUGAAGGCGAUAAUAAUGUGCUGGGGCAGCAAGCGUCCAACUGGUUGCUGCGGCAGUGGAAGGGAUACAGUGUGGAGAGUCCGGUGGGAUCAGCCAAUUUUAUCGAACGGCGUGAGACUAUCCUGAAGAACAGCUUCGAUGCGGUGGUGGCCGGCCGCUGCAACGUGGAUAGUGCUGAAUUUAUCAACCAGUGCUACGAGUGGCUUUUAUGUUGGCUGUUGCAUGCGACUUGCGAGCAAAAUCAGCUUGCCGAAAAAAAUAACGUAGACAGGUUCAAGGCGCGAAAUGAUUCUCAGGUUUACCGGGCGAGAGACAUGAGUCGCGCAUAUGCCGAAUACUACGCAUUGAAAAGUUUCAGAUCCCGUUGUCAGCGAGCGGACGUUGCGGCCGAACUCCAACCAGUAUUAUUCAAUGUUUAUCUGAUUUACGGCAUGUGGUGUAUUGAUAGACACUUGGCGACAUUCUAUGCGGGCGGGUUCGCGGUGGGACCACGUUUCGCAGACGCCAUACGAGGAACAUUGUUGCAGGCGUGCGAUACGUUUAAGGAUUCUGCCGUAGCGAUUGCCGAUGCGCUCGCUCCACCGGACUGGGUAUUGAAUUCGGUCCUCGGUAAAUCCGACGGUCGGUUGUACGAGAACAUUCAGAAUGUAUUCAUGACGAAUCCCGGUGCAAUGGAGCGAGCCUCCUGGUGGAAAGACAUCAUUCCCACCAAGAUGAAAUCAAAACUGUAGGCGAGUGAUUGCCAUUACGGUCUAAACUACGGGUUACAAACAAAAAAGAUGCAAGAAAUCUAGCGCAGAAAUUAUAGCGAAUGUUAUACAUAUAUGUAGUGCAAUCGAUCCCGAUUCCUCCCUCCGGAAACGAAACCAUAAGCUGUGAGAGUUUAUUUUUUCGACAUCCAGUCGACUGAGACAGAACGCAAGGUGAAAAAUCAAAUUACGUGUAGUUCUAGUGCGACAGUGUGUAGAAUGAUAUUCCCUGAUUUCCCAGCGUAUACACUGACCUACCAAUCAACCGUAUAUGUAUGGUUAAAAUCAACAACAUGUGUCUUAUUUUGAAUACCUAGAUAUUUAUAUUAAACUUUAAACAAAACAAAUUUUAGACAAACCAGAACAGGAUAGCCUGUUUCUAUAUACAAUUCAUCCUCGAGAGUUUUUAAGACGACAUCGAUUCUCCACUCACUGUAGUUGAAAUGUUCCUGUUUUCAACGCGUUUUCGGUCGAAUUAUCCGUUUAGUAAUACUGGAAACAAUUUUAACUAUCACAUUUAAAUGACUGUUUAACCGUUCGUUUACCUCUUUCUGCUACUAGAUAGUAGUUACUUGUUUUUUUCUUGUUCUCUGUGUUCCUGUAAGGUUUCCAUUUAUUUAUCCGAGAAAUACUUAAUGUUAUCUAUGAGUCCCAAUAUGUAUACGACGAGAUAUGUAUAAUGGAACUAUGUAGUUGUUUUGAAUGUGAAACAAAUAACGCAUUUACUGUAGCGAAAUAAAGCAGACGCAAGUUGUGAGCGAAA